AUGGUUCAUACUACCUCCAUCUCUCUUGCAGCCGUUGCCCUGCUAGCUGCACUACCCGUCAACGCUGGUCUCUACACCAAGAACUCUCCAGUCAUCCAGAUUGACGGCAAGAAUUACGACCGUCUUAUUGCAAAAUCCAACUACACCUCUAUCGUCGAAUUCUACGCUCCGUGGUGUGGCCACUGCAAGAACCUCCAACCCGCAUAUGAAAAGGCUGCGAAGAGUCUGGCAGGUCUUGCCAAGGUGGCAGCUGUCGACUGUGACGAAGAAUCCAACAAGCAGUUCUGCGGCGGCUUUGGAGUACAAGGCUUCCCAACAUUGAAGAUUGUCAAGCCUGGCAACAAACCCGGAAAGCCCAUCGUCGAAGAUUACCAGGGACCGAGAACUGCAAAGGGAAUCGUUGAUGCGGUUAUCGACAAGAUCCCGAAUAAUGUCAAGAAGGUAGAUGAUAAGGGGCUGGAGGCAUGGUUGGACGGAGCAAAGGAGACACCAAAGGCUAUUCUAUUCACGGACAAGGGAAAGACAAGCGCAUUGAUGAAGGCUAUUGCUAUUGAAUUCAAGGGUAGCGUUAGUGUGGCACAGAUCAGAGAUAAAGAGAAGGCAUCGGUCGAGUUAUUCGGAAUCACCAAGUUCCCAACACUUCUCCUCCUCCCAGGUGGAAAAGAGGCAGCUGAGGGCAUUGUGUACGAUGGUGAGCUGAAGAAGGAUGAUAUUGUGAAAUUCCUCUCCCAAGCUGCAACACCCAACCCAGACCCCUCUCCAGCAAAGGUCAAGCUUCCGAAAUCCAAAUCUUCCAAGAAGGCAUCGAAGGAGGAGGCCUUCAAGUCUGCAUCAGCAUCUCAAGCUUCCGAGGAGGGAACAGCCGCCGCCGCCAGUGCUACCGAGGAAGUUCUCGAAGAGGAGGCAACAGAAUCACCUGAUCCUAAAGUUGACACCCAGAAGCCCAUCAUCAUCCAGGAUCCUGCUCCACCAAUUUCCCUUCUUAUCACAGAAGAAGAGCUACGCAAAGAGUGUUUAGGUCCCCGAACCGGAACAUGUAUUCUGACCCUUCUCUCAGAUACCCCAGACGAGCUGGCCUCCAGUGCGGUCGGUGCAUUGUCUGAACUUGCCCACAAGUAUAAGCAGCACAAGAGAAAGCUCUUCCCAUUCUACGUCGUGGCACCAACCAACUCAGCAUACGGGGCCAUUAAAGAUUAUCUCAAUCUCAAAGCUGAUACCGAAUUGGUUGCUGUGAAUGGGCGUCGGGGAUGGUGGAAGCAGUUGCCAAAGGCAGAGGGUACCCUAUCGGAGAAGGAUGUUACGGAGGAAGCACUUGAGAACUGGAUUGAGGCUAUUAGGCUGGGAGAAGGCGCUAAGCAAAAACUGCCUGAUGGAUUGAUUCCGGAAGAAGUGGAAGAGGCGGAGCCAACUCCAGAGACACCUGAGCCUGCUGGAGAGACAGUGACUAUUGAAGAGCCCGCGGAACAAAAGACCAUUACCGUGGAGGAGGUUAAGGAAGAAACAGUUUCCGAGGAGAAGCCCAAGGCAACUGUUCACGAGGAGCUGUGA